UUCACCAGGUGUACACUGUGUUGAACAUGAUCUAUUCUGUACAGAACCAUCAGUUAUAUCAAUAACUAAAAUAACGUUUGGAUACAGACGAGGAUGUUCACCUGUAAAUAUAUGUAGUGAUACAGCAUGCUGUAGAAAACAGGAAGGAGAUUGUUUUACACCUUACAACCAAACUCUUCUAUCACAAUUACAACAAACCACUAAUGGGAGAUCCAGCUGUACUCUUAAUAGAAACCAGUUAAAUGAAAAAUCUUCAUAUUGUUUUCCUGAUAUGUUUAUAUUCCAUUCUUACAGCAGGAUAGAAUAUCAGUGUAUAGAAAACAUUCCAACCGCCCAGCCAGCAACGGCAGCUACAGCACCUACCUUAACACUUCAUCCAACAACUGAGAGUAAAACGAUUUCAGGAGCACCUAGGCAAACAACUGAAACAACAUCGCCGACAACUGUUUCUACUGAAACAAUAUCAUUUAACCAAUUGUCAACGUCAACCAAAAAAACAGGUUCUGCAGCAGACACUACAAAUGAAUCUGCUACAGAUGUCGGAGGUAUUGUUGGUGGUAUAGUCGGUGUUAUACUAGUUAUUUGUAUUAUCGGUGCUGUCAUAUUCUUUAUUAAAAGGCGAAAAGCAGAUAACAUAACAUCAAAAAAUGUUCACGUUAAUCAAAAUGGUUCUAAUCGACGAUAUCAAACUGACACGUCACUCCCUCGAACAACCACAACUCCCGUUUAUUACGAACUAGGGAAGAAUGGCAACAACAGUAGACCAAUUAGUGUUAAACCGACCUCUGGUGAUAAUUAUGAUUAUAUAGGGGGAGAUAAUCAUGCGACCGGAAAUGACAAUUAUAACCAUAUUGGAAUUAACGGUGUGACGACAGAUGAUGAAUAUCAUCAUCUAAAGGGACCUAACUCUAAUAAGCCAAGUGUUCCAGAUAGUAAUUAUAAUCAUAUUGGUCCAUUUAGUGUAGCUGAGGAUAAUUACCAACAUAUUGGAGACAACAAACCUGGGAUUAUUACUGAAGAUACCUACAAUCACAUCGGUGGACACGAUAACACUGGUCUGAAUAGUGAUGCCUACCAUCAUAUCGGUGGCAAUCACGAACAUCAAGUUGUAACGGGUGGUACAUACAAUCAUAUUGGAGGUGAUCAUAAGGAAAUACUGGGUAAUGAUGACUACCAUCAUAUCGGAAACGGAAAUGCACAACCGAUUAUAAUAGAUGGGGAAUAUUCUCACAUUGGUGGAGCUGACGUGUUAGAGGGAGAAUAUUCGUUGGCUAAAGAUAUUUAAUAUCCAACAUGUUAAUGUCAGAUACUAUUUGUGUUAGCUUAACGAUUCCAUUGUUCCAGAAAUGUAGCCUUGUGUACACAUAGAAUUUUGCACUGUUCACAAUAUAUUAUAGUGUAAACCUCAAACACGUAAUCUGGAAUAACAUAUUGGAGCAUAACUCUAAUACCAUUGACCUAUAUGAGUAUAACUCUAAUACCAGUGACAUAUUGGAGUAUAACUCUAACACCAGUGACCUUUAAAUUAAAGUUAAAUUUCGGAAUAAUAUUAGACUGUAAAUGCAUGUUUUCAGAAAGCGAAUCCAUCGUUGGCUUUAAACACCCGUGUAACUUAAUAACAUCCAAUAAUAUUAUGUGUAAAUAAGGCAGAUAGAUCAUAAUAUGUUGUAAAUAGGAAAGGAAAUAAUACCCUAUAUUAGGCAGAGUUUGAUUCGUCUAGUAGACGGUUAGAACAGUAUUUCCUAUUUCCUAUCUGUGAUAACAGAUAUAUGUACAUAAUUCUACCGCCAUUUUACUUACAUAUAUAUUGAUAAAUAAUAAGGUGUAAUCCAUAUGUGCUAUAAGCUGCAAUGUGAUAUUAUCUUAGCAAUUUGUAAAUAAUUCAGCACAGAUUCUUUUCCAAAUUAUAAAGCUGUUUAUACACCCUAAGCUUUUCCAAAUUAUAAAGCUGUUUAUACACUCUAAACUCUAAAUAUCUUUAUAAUGAAGCUGUUUAUGAUGGAGCUGUUUAUAAAUUUUAAAUGUUUAUAUUUAUAAGCGAAGCUGUUUAUUAACUGUAAAUAUUUUAUAUGUAUGAUUAAGCUGCUUAUAAACUCUCAAUAUGUUAUCUUAUAAUGGAGCUAUUUAUAAACUCUAAAUAUGUUGGUGUAGAAGCUUUUGUAUUAAAUGUAAAUAUCCUUACAAUGAAAUUGUUUAUAAACCUUAAACAUGUUUAUAACCAAGCUGUUGUUUGACAUGAAUUUAGUAAUAAAUAAA